AUGGCUGGCUUCAAAGUUUUAGUAUUUCUUGGCAUCCUAGCUUUCUCAUUUGCAGAAUCAGAUCUCCCAGUUCUUGGCGGAGUCGAUUUAUGCCCUCCAUGCGUACAAUUCGGCAAAGACGAGCUUCAAGGUCUUUACAACUAUAUAACUACCUCUACAAUCCCAAAUACAUGUGAUGACGUUUGUAAAAUCCUCACAUUCCCUCUGCCAAAAGAACUAUGUGGCUAUUUCUGCAAUGCAGUAGGCGUAAAGAUUUUCACCGACGAUAUCAAAAAAGCUUACACUGACCCAAUUUACUUUUGUGAGCUUAUUGAUCAAUGCCCAGCAAAUAAAGGAGGAGCAGCAAACAUUACUAAUACUUAUGUGACACCAUCCACAGCUCCUCAGUUUUCUACUUUCAAUAUCCAGAUCCUAUUCCAGGUCACAAAAGAAACUGGAACAGGUGAAGUAGCAUUGACCUUAAAAGCACCUAACAAGAGUGUGUAUACCCAAAGCUACCUAAACGAAGGUUUUGCAACUGGAUCCUAUUCAGCUAAAUUCCAAGUUGUUACCAACGGAGAUUACGCAGUAGGAAACUACACUGGCCAAGUCGCUGUAUGCUCCGGAACCUGUGGGACAAACUCACCUAUAAGUGCAGUCCUUGCUACAACUAACGUUAAAUUUACAGUGACUCUUCAGCCUUAA